UCCAAAGGCUGCAGGGCUGCACUCCGGCUGGCUUCGCCGCCUCGCGAGUCCCUGCUCUGCCACUACAGUCUUGGGGGCUGCUGGUCCCGAGUACCAUGUGUGACGGCACCCUGCUGCCCCCUCUCGUCCUGUCCUUGCUGCUGCUGGUGUGGGGGCUGGACCCGGGCACAGCUGUCGGCGACGCGGCGGCCGACGUGGAGGUGGUGCUCCCGAGGCGGCUGCGCCCGGAGGACGUGCACCUGCAGUUGCUGCCGGGAGCAGCGGGGCUCCGGCGGUGGCGGCGACCGCGAGCAUCUCCAGGUGGCCAUCGAGCAGGGCAAGGAGAGCGCGCCCUGCUACUGCACCUGCCGGCCUUUGGGCGCGACCUAUACCUGCAGCUGCAUCGCGACCUGCGCUUCCUGUCCCCAGGCUUCGAGGUGGAGGAGGCGGGUGUCUCAGGGCGCAGCGGACACCCUGCCGAGCUGUGCUUCUACUCCGGACGAGUCCUGGGCCACCCGGGCUCCCUCGUCUCCCUCAGCGCCUGCGGCGCCGCCGGCGGCCUGGUUGGCCUCAUCCAGCUUGAGCAGGAGCAAGUUUUCAUCCAGCCCCUCAACACCUCAGGGGGCCCAUUCAUUGGAAGAGAGCAUCUGAUCAGACGCAAAUGGGCCUCCACCCCCAGCCCGGCUACGGAGGUGGAGGGACCCAGGCAGCGCUGCAAAGUAGUGACAGAAAAGAAGCCCAGGAAGGACCAUCUGUCUCGGGACUGGAGGGAACGGAGGAAUGCCAUCCGGCUCACCAACGAACACACGGUGGAGACCCUGGUGGUGGCUGAUGCCGACAUGGUGCAGUACCACGGGGCAGAGGCUGCACAGAGAUUCAUCCUCACUGUCAUGAACAUGGUAUACAACAUGUUUCAGCAUAGGAGCCUUGGGAUUAAAAUUAACAUUCAAGUCACCAAGCUGGUCCUUCUGAGACAACGCCCUGCCAAGUUAUCCAUUGGGCACCAUGGUGAGCGGUCCCUGGAGAGCUUCUGUCACUGGCAGAAUGAAGAGUAUGGAGGAGCACGUUACCUUGGCAAUAACCAGGUGCCAGGAGGCAAGGAUGAUACGCCUCCUGUGGAUGCUGCUGUAUUUGUGACCAGGACAGAUUUCUGCGUUCACAAAGAUGAACCUUGUGACACUGUUGGAAUUGCUUACUUAGGAGGCGUGUGCAGUGCUAAGAGGAAAUGUGUGCUCGCCGAAGACAAUGGUCUCAAUUUGGCCUUUACCAUCGCACAUGAACUGGGCCACAACCUGGGGAUGAACCAUGAUGACGACCACUCAUCUUGUGCUGGCCGGUCGCACAUCAUGUCCGGAGAGUGGGUAAAAGGCCGGAAUCCCAGCGACCUCUCUUGGUCAUCCUGUAGUCGAGAUGACCUUGAGAACUUUCUCAAAUCCAAAGUCAGUACAUGUUUACUGAUCACUGAUCCCAGGAGCCAGCAUGCCCUGCGCCUUCCACACAAGCUGCCAGGCAUGCACUACAGCGCCAACGAGCAGUGCCAGAUUCUGUUUGGCACCAAUGCUACCUUCUGCAAAAACAUGGAGCAUCUGAUGUGUGCUGGGCUGUGGUGCCUGGUAGAGGGAGACACAUCCUGCAAGACCAAGCUGGACCCUCCCCUGGAUGGCACUGAAUGUGGAGCAGACAAGUGGUGCCGGGCUGGAGAGUGUGUGAGCAAGACGCCCAUCCCAGAGCACGUGGACGGGGACUGGAGUCUGUGGAGCGCCUGGAGCAUGUGCAGCCGAACGUGUGGUACAGGAGCGCGAUUCCGGCAGAGGAAAUGUGACAACCCCCCCCCUGGACCUGGUGGCACACACUGCCAGGGUGCCAGCGUAGAACAUGCUGCCUGUGAGAAGCUGCCCUGCCCCAAGGGUGUGCCCAGCUUCCGGGACCAGCAGUGCCAAGCCCAUGACCGACUGAGCAGCAAGAAGAGAGGCCUGUUGACAGCAGUGGUGGUUGAUGAUAAGCCCUGUGAACUCUACUGCUCACCCCUCGGGAAGGAGUCCCCGCUGCUGGUGGCUGACAGGGUCCUGGAUGGCACACCCUGUGGACCCUACGAGGCUGACCUCUGCGUGUAUGGCAGAUGCCAGAAAAUUGGAUGUGACGGCAUCAUCGGAUCUGCGGCUAAAGAAGACAGGUGUGGUGUCUGCAGCGGUGAUGGCAAGACCUGCCGUGUGGUGAAGGGUGACUUCAGCCACUCCCGGGGGACAGGUUAUAUCGAAGCAGUUGUCAUUCCGGUUGGAGCUCGACGGAUCCGUGUGGUGGAAGACAAACCUGCUCACAGCUUCCUGGCUCUCAAAGAUUCUAGUAAGAGAUCCAUCAACAGCGACUGGAAGAUAGAACUCCCUGGAGAAUUCCAGAUUGCGGGUACAACCGUUCGCUACGUGAGGAGAGGCUUGUGGGAGAAGUUCUCAGCCAAGGGACCCACCACAGUGCCGCUGCAUCUGAUGGUGCUGUUAUUUCAUGACCAGAAUUACGGAAUUCAUUAUGAGUACACCAUACCUGUAAACCAGAGUUCAGAAAACCAGAGUGAGCCCGCCAAGCCACAAGAUGCUCUGUUCCUCUGGACCCACAGCGGCUGGGAAGGGUGCAGCGUGCAGUGUGGAGGAGGAGAACGCAGGACUAUCGUAUCAUGCACACGGAUUGUUAACAAGACCACAACCCUGGUGAAUGACAGUGACUGCCCCCAAGCAAGCCGCCCUGAGCCCCAGGUCCGACGGUGUAACUCUCACCCAUGCCAGUCCCGGUGGGUGACUGGUCAGUGGAGCCCCUGCUCAGCGACCUGUGAGAAGGGCACGCAGCAUCGGGAGGUGACUUGCGUGUACCAGCUCCAGAACGGCACACACGUCACUACUCGGCCCAUCUACUGCUCAGAACCCCGGCCAACACCAGUACAGAGCUGUGAAGGCCAGGACUGCCUGUCUAUCUGGGAGGUUUCAGAGUGGUCAGAGUGCUCUGCCAACUGCGGCAAAGGGAUCCAGAAACGGACUGUGACAUGUACCAACUCCCAAGGGAAAUGUGACGCUUCCACAAGGCCGAAAGCAGAGGAGGAGUGCGAGGACUACUCCGGCUGCUAUGAGUGGAAAACGGGGGACUGGUCUAAGUGCUCGUCCACCUGUGGGAAGGGGCUUCAGUCAAGAGUGGUCCAGUGUAUGCACAAGCUCACUGGACGCCAUGGCAGUGAGUGCCCGACUCUCUCAAAGCCAGCAGCCUACAGACAGUGCCACCAGGAGGUUUGCAACGAGAAGAUCAAUGUGAACACCAUCACCUCCCCUCGCCUCGCCGCUCUGACCUACAAAUGCACCCGGGACCAGUGGACAGUGUACUGCCGGGUCAUCCGAGAGAAGAACCUCUGCCAGGAUAUGCGAUGGUACCAGCGCUGCUGCCAGACCUGUAGGGACUUCUACGCAGAUAAGAUGCGCCAGCCGCCCUCUCCACCAAGCUCAUGACGGACAGACAGCACAGUGCUUGCUCAGUGCUCUGACUCAAGGUCUGAGGCGUGGCAGUUAGUGAGUGGAGAGCCCUCACCCUACCCAAAAGCACACCAGCCCUGCAGCC